GCGGCCGCGGGAGCGGCCAGGAGUGAGGGGGAGGCGAGGAAGCCGGAGAAGGCGGAGUCUGCUGCGCUGGAUCCGGAGCUCACUGUGGCCAGGAUCUACCUCGGGCGAAUUGGUGCUGGUCUGCAAAAUCUUGGGAACACUUGCUACCUCAACUCAGUUCUGCAGUGCUUGACUUACACGGAGCCGUUCGCAGCCUAUUUGCGGAGUGGAAGGCACAAGUCUUCAUGCCGUACUGCUGGAUUCUGUGCACUAUGUGCUCUUCAGAACCAUGUUAAGACUGCUCUACAAUCAACUGGAAAAAUUGUGACACCAUCACAAAUUGUCAAGAACUUGCGCUGCAUUUCUCGUAGUUUCCGCAAUUCCAGGCAGGAAGAUGCACAUGAGUUGAUGGUUAACUUGCUUGAAUCCAUGCAUAAAUGCUGCUUACCUUCUGGAGUACCGAGCGAGUCUGCAAGUGCCUAUGAGAAGAGCUUAGUUCACAAAAUAUUUGGUGGCCGCCUAAGAAGUCAGGUGAAAUGCACUAGGUGCUUGCAUUGUUCCAACAAAUUUGAUCCUUUCUUGGAUCUUAGUCUUGAUAUUGGCAAGGCUACAACUUUGGUGAGAGCACUUGCAAAUUUUACCGAAGAUGAACUACUCGAUGGGGGUAAAAAGCAGUAUCAGUGCGAGCGCUGCAGGCAGAAAGUUGUAGCAAAGAAAAGGUUUACAAUUGAUAGGGCCCCAAAUGUUUUGACAGUUCAUCUGAAGCGCUUUAGCCCUUUCAACCCGCGUGAAAAGAUUGACAAAAAAGUGGAUUUUCAACCUGUUCUAGACUUGGAACCAUUUGUUAGUGAUUCUAAAGGCGCAGAUUACAAAUACAGCCUUUACGGUGUUUUGGUUCAUGCUGGUUGGAGCACUCAAUCUGGUCAUUACUAUUGCUAUGUUCGGACUUCCAGUGGGAUGUGGCACAAUCUUGAUGAUAAUCAGGUUCGCCAAGUUCGCGAGGCAGAUGUACUGAAACAGAAAGCCUAUAUGUUAUUUUAUGUACGUGACAGAGUCGGUAAUGCGUUGGUACGGAAAGACAGUAGCACUCCUAAUGUCCCUGCAAACAAAAUGAUCCCUGGGAAGAUCUCUUUUCUUAAUGGUGUGACCCAAAGUGGUGGUGUGACCCAAAGUGGUGUAAUGGAAGCAAAAUCGAGUGGCAUGCCAUCUCCUUGUGCAGAUAAGAAAUCACAGGGUACAAGCACUGGUCAUUCUGGCGUGAGUAGUAUCACUUCAGUAGGCCAUUGUUCAAGGAAUGAUGGCAAAACUGAAACUGCUGCUGCCCCACAAAGAAGUGUCCUGUCUACCACACAGAAUGCUCUUGUACCUGGAAAUGAUUGUGCAAUCUUAUCAACUAAAUCAAAGCAAGUUGCCUCAGUUAGUCAUAAAGAGGCGUCUUUAUCAGGUCAACCUGCAUCUCUUAUCACCGCGAGCAGCAAUCAAACAAUGGCUGGUGGUGCAUUUCCCAAGCUGGGAAACAGUACUUCUGUUGCCUCAUCUAUGGUCAGCAGUUCAGCUGGACUGUCUGAGACUGACAAACAAACUUCUUACUCUGAAGCAUGUCCCAAGCCAAGUUCCAAGGAUGCUAUUGUUUCGAAUGGUGUCAUCUCUGGCACUAGCAGCAGAGGUCCAGUUUCUGUGAAGGAAGUGAAGGAUUUGACAGAAUCUCUGAAGCAAGAUGACAGUACAGUGAAGGAACUCCCUAUGAGCAAGAAGGAUAACUUCAUAGUACCAGUAAUUGAACAAGUUGAUGUUGUAAAACAGAUAUCCUCGGGAGUUUCCAUGAAGGUGGUUGCAGCUGAUUCAGGUAACAGUAUAACAACUAAAAGGAAGAAACUUGUGAGAUAUCCAGUAGUGAACUUGCGGCUUGGGCCAAGACAAUUAUUACUAGGUUCACUAAAGCUACAAAAGAAAACGAAGCACAAGAGAACCAAAAGAAAACCUGUAGUUUGUAAAGACAUAGCAAGUGUUCUUUGUUCUGGUGACAAGACUGAUGAUCAUCAGGCAUCAACAUCAUCUACAACAACUAUGCCGCCUAAACCUGCAGAAUGUACAUCUCGUAAGAGGAAACACUCCAAUGCUAGUGUAACUUCUGAAAAUGAUACCCAAGAAUUGAAAGACACGCAGCAGUUUGUUGGAACCAGUUGUGCUAGCGAUGGUGACCAUAACAUAGACAUCAGAAACAGAAAGAGUGCAACUUUUGCUAGUGCUGAGCUACCAAAGUUAGAUUCAAGCUCUUCUGCAAACCAAGCACAUCCAAGAAGCAACAUAGAUGCAAAGAAGGGAGCCACCUCCCAGCAUGUCGGUAUUCUUGCAAAGGACUUGAUGGCGGAAGUUACUGUUUCACGUUGGGAUGAUAGCGGCAUGCCAAACUCUGAGACUAGAGAGUACACAAAUUCAGGGAAGAAUAGCAUUGGAUAUGUCUUGGAUGAAUGGGAUGAGGAGUAUGACCGUGGAAAGACAAAGAAGGUCAGAAAAGCGAAGGAAGACGACGAUGAUGGGAUGAACCCCUUCCAGGAGGAGGCCAAUGCCUUAUCAGCCCAGAAGACGAGACAAAAAUCCUACCAAUCCAGACCUGGGAAGAAGCCUUCCAGACAGCACCGCUAGACGAGUUGGAGAGAUGACGCCCCCAAGACUUGGUAGAGAAAAUGUUGUUGUAGCACCCAUUUUUCAAAGUAUGAUUGUUGUUUGUUGUUUGUUCCUUCACCUUGUUGUUCGGCAGCUCAAAGACCAAACUUAUCAUCAGGACCUGUAUUUAAUUGAGAUUCGGUAGGGCAAAUUGAGUUGUUGCCAUUUUUGCAGCA